AUGCCGAGAAGAAUGAAAAACUGUGAGGCUGAAGGACAGUACAAACAUCCAAGGACACAGGAAUUUAGACCAAGUGCUCGAAGACGUCAACGGAUUCAAAAACAGCAAAUUACCAAGCAAAUACAAACAGAUGAAGUACCAGUCAUUUCAUCACCUACGGAAAACGAGAGCCCAAUGUGUGAAGCAACGAAAACCAAUGGAAAACGAGACCCGUUUGAAAUAUGGAAAGAAGAAAUUGAUAAUUAUAAAGAGGCGAAGAAGAGAGCUUUUUACGGUUUCCUUGUUUUUGUCAGGAUUUAUAUAUGGAGAACCAAAUUUGUCGAACUUGAGAUUCUCAACAGUAUUAUUUUUGGAUUGCUAGCAGCAGUUGCGCAAGCAGAGGAGAGGGUUUACAGAGAAGAAGAUAAAAAACGUUGGAUCAAAUGUUGGUCGCGUACUUACUUUUAUAGAAAUUUAUGGUUCUUCUGUUUCAUGAUAUAUAUGGUUCACAUGGCCGAGUUACAAGAUAUGGAUAAAAUUACCGGUGGAACAAUGGCGAUUUGUCUAGCCAUCAAAUUUUGUUUUGCAAUGGUAGGAUCAAAUUUAGGAGCGUACAUUGGACAGUUUGAAACGAUAUUGAGAGACGAACAUGUUGGUGGAGCCACUGGUGGACUAUUAGGAUUCGUAAUUGGAGAAGUUUGGUUAAAACAUUACCCGCCUGUUUCUCGAUUCGGAAAGAGAGAAUAUUGA